AUUCUGAUGGACAAAUGCUAGGAGUCUAGGACAGCCCAUAAAAGUUUGUAUACUUUAUACCUUCCUGGUUUCAUACAUCAGUAAUUAAGCUGCCAUAUUUGACACUAAUUUCAUGUUUUAAAUUGUUUGCUCUUUUCUCGUCAUUGCAAUUUGCAUUACUUGGAAAGUCUAUGGGAAGUUUUUUCAUUACAUUAUAAUUAGCAUCCUGUAUGUCUUUACUUUUUCUCGGUAUAGUAUAUUAUGCCUUAUUGCCGAAGAGUUUGCUUCAUUGGGACAAUACUCUUGAAAUCUCAAAUGAACAAUAGCUUGGUCAAACUCAGUUAAUAUUAAAAUUGCAUUCUUUUUGGCUCAAGCUAUUGAUUGAAAUAUCGUUUCUCUAUCGUUUUAUUCUAUAGCUGUGCUAUGUUUCAUGCUGUUAAAUUUGAGAUUACCGGUUCUUCAAAAUCAUCCUAGACAUGUUCAGUGGAUAAUGCUCAAAUUAUGAACUUAAAUAUCUUUGAAGAACUGGAUUUUGACCAUAACAGCUACCCAGGAUAUUAAAUAUUGGUCAUUUCAGAGAACUGGUUGUUGUAUGGUUAGAUAGUCGACCUCUAGUCUUUACAAAUCUGCAGUUUUGGUGAUUAUUUUAUUGCUUCAUAGUUUCUGUACCAAUUAGGCCAAUGACGGUAAAACUGAGAGUAGAAUGGAACCUAAGAAGAGUAAGAGGGUGUUCUUGCUGGCUGAGUUUCAUUUCUCUUCUUUUCUUUUCUUUUCUUUUUUCUUUUUGGAGAGAUCAUAUUUUUCUAGAGGGUUUUUUAGAAGUGAAGUAAGAGUAACAGUGGCUACUUGCAAAAAGACAGUGUGCACGAUAUGAGCCACAUUGUUUCCUUGAAUUUCCCUGAUAUUUCCCUGAUUUCCUAUCUGUAUGAUAUAGUGAAAUUGAAAGCCAUUACCUUGUAUUGAUCUACAGCUUUUUCCUAGCCCAGUGAAUUUUAUAGGAUCAGUUUGAUGAGUAAUGGUCCUUGUUUUAGUUUGAUAAUGACCUUUGUUGAAACUACUGUCCUACCAAAGCUGGAGACUUGCUCACAUGAACUCAACCAUGCUCUAUUACUAGAACUCAUGAGAGCUUAAACUCGAAAGAUUUUAUCCAAAAAGAAUCGAUGUGUUUUCCUAUUAUCUGAGAGAAAACUUGAAUUGAUUAAAUGGAUUUUAGAUGUAUGAUGUACUUGCUAUGUUUUUGUAUGAGUUGAGUAUACCUAUAGUUGGUUUAGAUGGGAGUAAGAACUUUGAUGAUGGAGAAAAUAUAGAAGGAAAAGUAGCAAGUAAUUUGAGGUACCCGUAAUAUCUCUCUAUCUCUUGAUAUCACUAGCCUAAAUCAACAAAACCGUCGUUAGUUUUCAUCCUUUAACUCUAGUAAUAUUUCUAAUUCUAUCCUAAUCAGUAAUCCUAUUACUUUGUUGUUGAUAUGAUUUAUGUAAAAAGGGUGUGGCUCCCUGGCCGUGGCAAGCUCGUUAUGCUCUCCGGCACAGAGCUGAAUCGCCCAUUACUAUGACAUUGUAGAGUCUGCAUUUGAUCCACCCUUUUGUAUUUGAUUAUUAGAUGUAUGUUCCACAUUUCUCUGAAAGUCUGCAGGUCUAUAACUUUGAUUUUGACAUUUUGCUGAAUCUGCAUUUGAUCAUUUGGGCUGUAUGUUUAAUGCCAACAGGUCGUUGGAAAAUACGCUUCAAAACGCUACUUUCUGGGUUAAAUUACAACUGAAGUACCAAAACUUUCUAAAAAAUUGAAACUAGAAUAAAAAAAAUUGUCAAUUGGACUUCUAAAAUGUCUAAUAUGUUUAUGGAAUAAUAAUUGUUGCAUUAAAUAUGAUUAUUUGAAUUUUUUUAAAAAUUAACAUGUACGGUUAUAUAAACAUAAUUAAAUUUUAUUUUGUGUAUAAGGUUGUGAACUUUUAAUUUAAUUUUAAUGUCGAGUGUGUUUGUGAGUAACUAUUCAAAUCGAAUUAGUCAAACUGCUAUUUAGCAUGAUUGAAACUGGUAAUGAUUACUUAUUUAAAUGGGUUAUUUUCCCUUCUCCUGUUCUCUUCUCUUACUAAUGUUUUUCUAUUUCCUUUCAUUUAAAGCUCUCAAUUACUUCGUUUAUGAGCCCAACCCCACCAUAAAUUAUUUUUUCUUCCCCUCAUAGGUCUACUAAUGAAGCUACCUUCAAAAGUUGGUUGAAUCCAACUGACUGUUAUACAUGUAUCUACUAACUGAAUGAUAAAUUAGACCUAACAUAUAAACACAAAUUGAAAAGCUGAUAUAUUAGACAUUUUGUGUAACGUUCUGAUUUAGAAGGGAGACAUGAAUGAACCAAUAUUACAUCUUAUAUUCUAAUUUAGGAGGGAGACGUGAAUAAAUCGAUAUCACAUCUAGAGGGAUCAUAAAGACAUAAAAGUAAGGUUAACAAAUACUCAAAAGAAUUAAAAGCUAAAACCUAUACUAGCAAGAUGCACUUUUUUUUUCGGUGUCUCCAUCAUAGGAAGUCUACACCUAGCUUGGAGAAAUUCUAUGUUGGGUGAAAGUAUGCAAAGGACUCAUGUUGCAUUCUAAUAAGUUCUUUAAGACAGUAAAGAUGAUGUUGUUAGGUCAUUUCAACUCCUGAGCCUGGAAUGUUACAUUUUGUAAAGUUUGUUUAUAUGUUUUAAAAGUUCAAAACCUACUCCAAUUUCUGUCAACAAUUUUAUCUCUUUCUUGACGUUCUCUUCCCUUUGUCUCUAUUUCUUUUGACUACCAAUACGUUUCUCUUUAGACAAUCCAAACCAAUUCACAAAAAUCAAUUCUUUGAUUCCGCUUGGAAUAACAGGAAAAGAGGGUAAUGUGUUAGGUAGGUCAGAUCACAAUCAUCAAAAUUAAAAAUAAAAGAAAAAGUUCUGCUGAAUCAUGAACCCCAAAACCCAUAAUCCUAUAAAGUAUCAAUGUCUAAAUGAUUACAUUUUAUCACUAUUCUGAAUAUUUUCCUUCAAUUACACCCAUAUCGAAGUUCAUCGAAUAAAAAAAAUCAUCUAAAAGAAAACUUAAUUCUUAUCUAAGAGAGCAAGUUAAGCCCAAAUUACGGUGUUAAAAUUCAAAAAGUCGACUCUUUUAAGUCUUAAAAAAUGUCGAAAACAGUGGUUUUGCUCAUUUAUCAACCACUGAUUGAAUUUCAGUAGUAUAAUACAAUCGUGGGACUUUACUCUAUUAUUAUCCUAUUUAAAUCUCUAGUGGGUGAAGCUUAAUUCAUCACUUAAAGCUUCACUUAGUAGCACUGGUGAUUGUUCAUGGCUACCCAUCAGCCACUUCUUCAUCUUCAACCCCCCAAAACUUCCUGCUCCAAAACCAUUUCCACAAUCCUCUGUUUCGCUGUAGUUUUGUGCUCAGCCAUUUUCGUUACUAACAAGUUCAUCAAAUUAAACCCAUAUGAAAAUGAUCUUCCCUUCCUUCACAACAUAUGCCACAAGGCUUAUAACCCAUCAUCCUGCAUUGAAAUGGCCGCCUCAGAAUUUCCCUUGAGCAUAAUCAAAACCACGAACGAGGAACAUUUCUUACAGUCUUUCCUGAAGAAAUCCAUGCCUAAAGUAAUCAACACAAUUGAGAGAGCCAAAGAUCUCCGCCAAAGAAUCAACAGCCCUCGCGGUGAAGGAGCUUUGGAUGAUUGUAUCGAGCUUAUGGAGAUUUCAAACGGCCGAAUCAUGGACUCUGUUUUGGCUCUGAAGAACAGAACGAGUGGCUACAUCGAAAGUUCCCACACAUGGCUGAGUAGCGUGCUGACGAACCACGUCACGUGCUGGGAUGAGGUGGAGAGUUCAUUAUCCAGAGCGGCGGCAAUGGAUUUAGGGCUCGAAGAGUUGAUUAUGAGAGGGAGAAACUCGUUGGGGAUGUUGGUUUCGAUUUGGGGAUUGGAAAUUAAAAAUUUGGGAGAGUUGGGGAAAAGAGGAAAUGGGUAUCCGAGUUGGUUGAAGAAAGGAGAUCGGAGAUUAUUGGGGGUUUUGGGGAGAGAAAUGGAACCGAAUAUCGUGGUGGCGAAGGAUGGGAGUGGGAAUUUCAAGACGGUGCAGGAGGCGGUUGAAUCAGUUCCAGAUAAGAGCAAGAACAGAAUUGUUAUAUAUGUGAAAAAGGGGACUUACAAGGAAAAUGUGGAAGUGGGAAAGAAGAAAAAGAAUGUAAUGAUCGUUGGAGAUGGAAUGGAUUCCACCAUUAUAACCGGUAGCCUCAACGUCGUUGAUGGAUCAACAACUUUCAAAUCUGCAACUGUAGCUGCGGUGGGAGAUGGGUUUAUAGCCCAAGACAUUUGGUUCCAAAACACCGCGGGGCCGGCAAAGCACCAAGCCGUGGCGCUUCGGGUCGGAGCAGAUCAAUCGGUCAUAAACCGGUGUCGUAUCGACGCUUAUCAGGACACACUCUACACACAUUCCAACCGCCAAUUCUACCGAGAUUCCACCAUCACCGGCACCGUCGACUUCAUAUUCGGUAACGCGGCCGUGGUUCUACAGAACUGUAAAAUAGAGCCCCGACGACCGAUGAACAACCAAGCCAACAUGGUGACGGCACAAGGCCGAAUCGACCCAAAUCAGAACACUGGAACUUCGAUCCAGCAAUGCGAUAUCGUGGCAAGCUUCGACUUGGAGCCGGUUAAGAAGUCGAUUAAGACAUAUCUGGGGCGACCAUGGAAGGAGUAUUCGAGGACCGUCGUCAUGCAGUCGAGAAUUGGCGAUCUUAUUCAACCAGCGGGCUGGGCCGAAUGGAGUGGGGACUUUGCACUGAAAACGCUGUAUUACGGGGAAUACUCAAAUACUGGGCCGGGCUCUGAUGUUAGCAAGCGAGUUAAGUGGGCCGGUUAUCAUGUCAUUACGAGCCCAUCUGAGGCCCAAAAAUUUACGGUGAAUUCACUUAUACAAGGAGGUGAAUGGCUGGGCCCAUCGGGCGCGAGUUUUAUCCCAGGGCUGUGAUUGUGUGCGCUUGUGAUCAACGGUUGGUAUCUACUCGUUCUGUUAUCGUUGUUUUAUUAGGCAAUAAAAUUUAAAAGAAUGGAAUAUAUCUAUGUUCUACCCUUAUAA